UUUAUGAUCCGUGAGGUUUGGUCUUUCAUCUACACCGCCACUGAUGAUACAUAUAAAAUAUUGGUCUUGCUGCCAUGCGUCUCCAGCUUGGCUGAAUGAAAGCCUGAAGACUUUUGAGCAGCCUUGAAUAUACAACCUCUGCUCUGCAAACAAGUUUGUUUUGUGAAAAAUUAUCUCCAGAGCCUCCUGCUCUGCAGGGCGAUGCUUCCUGAAAGUGGCUGAGCCCGCAGCCCCCGGAUAUGCAGCAGUGUGACCACCUUUCCAACACCACGGACCGUGUGAGGGAAUCAUCCACCACCGGCCCUGGGAGGCAUGGUGACGACCUUCAAGAUUGCGGUACUUGGGGCCCAAGGAGUGGGGAAAAGUGCCAUUGUGCGUCAGUUCAUGUACAACGAGUUCAGCGAGACCUCUGUUCCUACCAAGGCUCGACGUGUCUUCCUACCAGCUGUUGUCAUGAAUGGCCAUGUCCACGAACUUCAGAUCAUGGACUUUCCUCCUAUAUCUUCCUUCCCUGUCAACACCCUACAAGAGUGGGCAGAUUCAUGCUGUCGGGGGCUCAGAAGUGCACAUGCUUAUAUCCUCGUCUAUGACAUCUGCUGCUUUGAUAGCUUUGAAUACAUCAAGACCCUGAGGCAACAAAUACUGGAAACAAGAGUAAUUGGCACAUCUGAGACUCCUAUAAUCAUAGUUGGCAACAAACGUGACCUGCAGCGAGGCCGUGUUAUCCCACGAUGGAACGUGUCGCAUUUGGUAAAGAAGACUUGGAAAUGUGGCUACAUUGAAUGCUCUGCCAAGUAUAACUGGCACAUAUUACUACUUUUCAGUGAACUACUUAAAAGUGUAGGCUGUGCUAGAUGCAAGCAUGUACAUGCUGCAAUACGAUUCCAAGGAGCACUACGCCGAAACCGCUGUUCAGUCAUGUGACAUGACAGCAUAUAUAUAUAUUGGAGUAUGAAGGGUUUUUAGUUUCAGUGGCACAGGGUACUUGGACUUCUCUUGAACAAUGGCACAGCAAGCGUAUCUACACAAGACUUUAGUUUCACCAAUGGCGAUUUACAGCUUUCCAAAAUGUUCUUUGUGAUAUCAUAGCAUAGCAUUUCCAUGCUUCUCUUCAAGGGGGUAUAUCAAUUAUCUGAUGAUAUGAAUAUCUUUUUUUAAACCCCUUUAAAUCUGAGAAUUGUGUCUGUAAUGGCAUAAUAAUCCCUUACGUUAACUUUAGAUGACAUGAUGUGUGCUUGAAAUCCUUUAUUGUGCUGUUGUUAUUUUAAAUAUGAAGAAUCCAUUCUUGUUUGGCAUGGAUGAUGUUAGUUACUGUGAACAUUCUAAGCUGAAAUUAUGAGUGAUGAAGCCACAUGUAGCUACAGUAAAUAUUAAACCUCAGGCCAGCAGACCCUCCUUUAAAGGGUCAUUGUUAUGUUUCUGGAUUUUUGUGCUGUUCAUUUAAUCUUCCAUUUAUUUUUACAGGCUAUACUGCAUAUAUUUCAAGUGGUACAUGAGAUAGUAAACUGUUCCUUUAAAAAAAAAUAAAACUUGAACUCCAGGCAAACAGCUAAAU